AUGACAGCCUUCUUAAAAUCUAUUGAUGAAAGGGCUUGGAAUGCUUGUGUCACUGGUUGGAAAGAACCACAAGUUGUGACUGAAGAAAGAGGUAGCAAGGGGAAACCCCUAGAUCAAUGGACCAAAGCUGAGUUGGAAAAGUCUAAUUCCAACUCUAAAGCUCUCCAUGCACUCUUUAAUACUGUCAGUAUUGGCCAAAUGAAAAAUAUAGCCAACUGUGAAACAGCUAAAGACGCAUGGGACAGACUUCAAGUUAAGAAUGAAAGAAUUGACAUGAUUAAAAAGAUCAGACUUAGGAGAUUGAUUACUGAUUAUGAAAACCUGUUUAUGCAUGAUGAUGAGUCUAUCACUGAUUUUCCUGGUCGAUUGUGUGAUAUCACAAAUGAAUGCUUUCCUUUGGGUAAGAUCUAUACUGAUGCUGAACUUGUCAGGAAAGUCUUAUGUUCACUGCCUAUGAAGUUCAUGUCCCAAGCAACCUUUAUCGAAGAAUGCCGAAAUCUGGAUGAGAUACAGCUGGAUAAACUCAUUGGAUCACUUCAGACUUUCGAAUUCAAUCUGAAACGAUGGGAGAAGAAACCAGGAAAGGGUCUUGCUCUAAAGUAUGAGGUAACAUAUGAACCUACUCUUAGUGUUGUUUUUAGUGAUGGUGAGGAAGAUGAGUGCGCUUUGCUCACAAAAAAAUUUGCUAAAUUCUUGAAAAAGAAUAUGAGAAAGCCUAAGUUGAGCAAAAAUGGUAAACAACCUUUUCUAAAGAAGUCCACUAAUCAGCUUGGUCAAGGUGCCUUCUCGAAACGAUUUUCGAGGGAUAAUGACAAAAAAAACAAAGGCAUCAGUAAGAGUGGAUGUGAUGACACGAAUGAGGAUGAGAAUUUCUUGGCCUUUACGGCUAACCAAGAGGAUAAUAGUAGUGUGUUCUUAGAUGACUCAAGUGAUGUUUAUAAAGAACAAAAAGAGGCUUAUGACAAGAUGUAUGAGUCAUGGGCAAAAGCCAUCAAGGAGAUCAAAUCUCUUGAAUUUGAAAACUACACCAUAACUGGAGAUAGAAAAUUAUUGAAUGAUAAGUUGAAUGUCUUGUCUGUUGAUUUAUCCAACAAGGAACUCCUAUUAAAUCAAGCUUUAAAUGAACUAAUUGAGGCCAAGGCCAUUGUUGAAAGAUUGAAUGUAGGUUCUUUUAAACUUGAUGAAGUUCUUGGCCAAGGGAAGUCUUUUGGUGACAAAACUGGAUUGGGUUUUUCUCCUAAAGCAAGUUCUUCCAAACCUGGUGUGACCACUUUCAUUAAAUACUUUGACAGCGGUUGUUCAAGGCACAUGACAAGUAACAAAGGUUCGUUGAUUGAUCUUGAAUUUGUUGAGGUUGGUCAUGUGACCUAUGGUGAUGGCAAAAGAGGUAAAAUCCUUGGCAAAGGAUCUAUUGUUAUUCCUGGUUUUCCUAUUCUGAAUUAUGUGUUUUAUGUUGAAGGAAAGAAAUCAAAUGAUAAUUGCUAUCUUUUGACUAACAAAGUUUCAUGUUUAAUUUCCAAAUCAGGUGAUAUUGAUGUGUGGCACAAAAAACUUGGACACAUGAAUUUCAGAGAUCUUAUGAAACUCUCCAAAAAGGAUGUUGCGAAAGGUUUACCUGAACUAGUGUUCCCAAAAGGUAAAGUUUGUGGCCCGUGCCAACAAGGUAAGCAAACUAAGUUUCCUCACAAAUCUUUGUCUCAGUUGAAUACCUCAUGUGUUUUAGAAUUUCUUCAUAUGGAUUUGAUGGGGCCUAUGCAAACUGAAAGUUUAGGAGGUAAGAGAUAUGUCUUUGUGUGUGUUGAUGACUUUUCUAGAUUCUCUUGGGUUGAUUUUUUAAGGGAAAAAUCUGAUACAUUUGAAGUCUUUCAAAAUCUGAUCAAAAGACUUCAAGUUGAACAAAAUUGUAGGGUGAAGAAAGUUGUGAGGAUAAGAAGUGAUCAUGGAAAGGAGUUUGAGAACACUGAUUUUUCUAGUUUUUGUGAUUCGCAGGGUAUAUGGCAUGAGUUUUCUACUCCAAAAAUAUCUCAACAGAAUGAAGUUGUGGAGAGAAAGAAUAGAGUUCUUCAAGAAAUGGCAAGAGCUAUGUUAAAUGACAAAAAAAUACUAACAAGAUUGUGGGCUAAGGCAAUCAACACUGCAUGUCACAUUGCAAAUAGAGUUUUUCUAAGGAAAGGUACCUCACAAACUCCAUAUGAGUUACGAAAAGGUAAGAAGCCUGAUCUGUCCUACUUUCAUGUUUUUGCAUGCAAGUGCUAUGUGUUGAAUGAUAGAGAUCUCCUAGGAAAAUUUGAUUCCAAAAGUGAUAAAGGUGUUUUUCUCGGAUACUCUUCAAAUAGUAGGUUUCCUCAUAAAGAUGAUAUUGAUGACUUAACGUCACCUCCUAAUAUGACCAUUGACCAUUACAAUGUGCCCACUCCAAGUUCUCCUAAAGAUGUGACCACAUCAAAAUCUGAAGUGAACACAUCUGCAACUCGAAAAGGAUCUCUCCCAAAGAGACAAGGACUCGAACUGAUUGUUGAUUUAUCUAAUGAAAUCACUCACCAAAAGACACCCAAAACUAGAGAACCACCCUCUUGGAUUAAAAAGGCUCAUCCACCAUCUACAGUGAUUGGAAAUCCGGACGAGGUAAUGGUCACUAGACGUAAAACAUUGAGUGAAAUUAUUAACCUAUGCUAUGUUUCCCUUUCAGAACCUAAGAAUGCAAAGGAGGCUCUUGAACACAAUUGCUGGAUUGCUGCCAUGCAUGAGGAGUUGGAAUAG